AUGCCACGAAUGCCACGAAAGAGAGGUGCCGUGCUUCUCACCCUGGCGACCACGGCGCUGCUCUCGAGGAGUUUUGUUGGCGCUCCGUCACAGACCCGAGACUCCAGAACAGCUCGUGCCUUCUUUGGUAGUCUCUUUGGCACACCCACUGGCUCUCCGACGCCAAUCCGAGACGCUCCUUCGGAGAAUGCAAAACACUACUUGACGAAUGGUGCCAUGUACCCUCCAUGGCCUGCUGGCAUGCAGGAGGCUAUGUUUGGCAUGGGCUGCUUUUGGUGUUCAGAGAAUAUUUUCAUGAGAGUUCCUGGUGUUUACUCCACUCAGGUGGGAUACGCCGGUGGCGACAUUGAGAACCCCAGCUACCAAGACGUGUGCACGGGGGCCACCAAACACAACGAAGUGGUGCGAGUCAUUUACGAUCCGGAGAAGGUGUCAUACUCGCAGUUGCUGAAGUACUUCUGGGAGAAACAUGACCCAACCACGCUGAACCAGCAGGGCAACGACUUCGGCACCCAGUAUCGCUCAGGCAUCUAUUACUACACCGAGAGGCAACGGGAAUUGGCAGAGGCCACCAAGGAGCGCUAUGCCAAAGUCAUUGGUCCCGCAUCCUGA